AUGGCUCUCUCUUGCUUCUUCAAUUGUAGUGUUCAACAAAACAACCAAGGUGGUUACGUUCCAGCUAUCAAAUUCAAAAUCAAAGAAGGUAACUCCGAAACAGUUUGCCCAGAUUCUGAGACUACCAACUUCAGUCUUAAUGGCGAAGUUUCUAAGCUUCGUGAUGUUUCGAAAGAUCUUCACGAUAUCCUUGCAAAAGAACUUCAAGAAACGAAAGUCUUUUUACAGACUCAGAUAAAAUAUAUUCGAACACUGUUGGAAUAUGAAGUUAAGAAGUUUGCUGAGAGUUCUACAACUCUACAUAAGAAGUUGGAUGUGGUAGCUGAAGCAACUACCCGAUUGAUUAAAGACAUAACUUCUUUCCAGAAAGAUUACAUGGUUGUUCUUCAAGAAAAGACGAAGGAGGAUGCUCAAGAUUUUUCUAAAGUUGAAGAGUUCUUAACCGAAAUCAAAACUAUGCUUUCGACACAAUAG